GCUACUUUUAUUUUGACGACCAUGAAUUUGUCCCAGGCUUUACGUCCGUGAGUGUAUGACGUCGUAGUUGCACGUGGUUGAUGUAGUUCCUUACUGUAGCGUUGGCUGAUUUCUGCUCUGGUCAGCAUGCUGUUGAAACGUUAGAAACAGUAACGACAGAUAGAUUUAGAAACCCGUAAAAGACCCAUCUGAAUACUAAUAAUAAUUAGUUAGCUGUUUUAUAAAUGUCUGCUUAUAACUGUGGCAUGGGCCCGGCGAUUAUGAGAGCAAAAGCAUUAUAAGCGCUUUGUUCUUAGGUAAUGUUACGUUGCCUAACUUUUUUUGCUGACUAGCCUGAGGGGAAUGCUGUAAGCAGACGUUAUCAAGCUUCAAUUCUCUGGCAAUAUAGAGCAAAAGGUUGUCUAUCUUGUAAAACUUAACUGCUAUUUUACAUUAGAUUUGCAAAUGGAUCAUUCAGAAAGUAGACAGAAGCCUGACAGUCUCUAUUUAGAAUUGUCCACCGAAAACAAACAAUAUGCUUUACCUCUACACUCCUCCAUCACUUUAUUUCUUCUUUCUUACUGUGAGAACACAGCCUUCCGUGUGAUUCUUCUGUCUGCAAAAUCAGGUGAUCAGUGGACAUGGCUAGGUGACUUGCCCUCAACCCUUGCAGCAAAGGUACAGCUGCCAGAACCACCAGGUCUAGUUGGAACUUGUAGGUUGCCAGCAGUGGUGGAAGCAGAUGGGAUGUUUUGCAGAGCAGGGUUGGCAGUGGUGCUGAGACAUGUUAUACAGCGCACAAGCAAAGAGAGGCCUGGUUGCCUGAAUGUGACUUCUUUGCUGGGAUUUAAGAAUACUUGUCUGAAGGCCUGUGCAGAGGUGAGUAAGUGGACACGACUAUGUGAGAUUGACAUUCCCUCUGCAGUGGAGAAACAUCUGUGCAACCCUACAGAGGAGGCCCUCUGUAUUCCUCCUGCGGUGUUGCUCUUGGAGAAGCGACUUGGGGAGCCUGUCAAAGUCCACAAUGAUGACAAGCUGCGGCGACAGAAGCUUCAGCAGCAGGUCAUCAGUUCCAAUGACUCCACUUCACAGGAAGAAGGUUUCAAUGCCACCUUAAAACACUGUAAGCCAGCUUGUGGAGUUGAACUCAGUGCUGCUUUGGCCAAACUCACCAUGGAUGAAGAUCCUGAUGAGGCCGCCAAGAGGCCCCCUGAUAUUAGAAGAGUUAAAACAACACAUCUGCCAAAGCUAGAACAUCAUUUUGCUGAGGGACUCUACUUCACUCUCACAGAUAUUGUCCUACUCCCCUGCAUCCAUCAAUACUUGAGUUCUCUAUGGAAGCAUGCUCCUCAUGCUUUUUCUCAUCUCCCUCUCCUUUUGCGCUGGUACUGUCAUGUUCAGGACAUCCCUGGGGUUCGCAAAGCUGCAGAGAAUUGUGGAAUGACUUUGUUUAUGCCACAGCCAUCCAAAUCUAGUAUGCUCUCACCAGAGAUUUCAACUCUCAGUGAACUAGAACUGGAGAGCACCCAGCCAGAGAAGUUGCCCUUUGUUGGAGGACCCAGGCCCACGCUCACUAAACUUAAAGAAAGUGGCAUUGAAGCAGUAUUCUCUCCGCAUCCCUGCCCAACCUGGACCCUACCUUGGGAAGAUCUCCCUACCUCUGUCAACCCCACAACAGGGAAAAUGUCAGAUACUCGUGCUAUACGGAAAUGCCAGCAGCUGAACAACCUUGUUGCCAUGGUAACUGAACUGGCACACCCUGGAAACAUUGUGGUGGACUUCUGUAGUGGUGGGGGUCAUGUUGGGAUUGUGCUGGCAUACAUGUUACCUCAGUGUCAGGUUAUUCUGGUGGAAAAUAAAGAGGAGUCUCUAGUUAGAGCCAAGGAAAGGUGCACCAAGUUAAACAUGAAAAACAUUAGCUUCAUUCAGACCAAUUUGGACUACUACAUUGGAACCUUCCACAUCGGGGUAGCGCUACAUGCAUGUGGUGUUGCAACAGACAUGGUUCUGGAGCGUUGCCUUCAGGCUGGAGCAGCAUUUGUAAUAAGUCCGUGCUGCUAUGGCUUCAUCCAGAACACCCAGAAGUUCACCUUUCCACGCAGCCUGUCAUUUUCGAAGAUUCUGGAUUACAAGGAGCAUAUGAUCUUAUGUCGAUUCGCAGACCAGACAGCCCUUCAGCUGCCAGAAGAGCGCCGUAUAAUAGGGAAGAGCUGCAUGGGUUUGGUGGAUCUAGACCGAAGUUGGGCUGCAGAGUCUCAGGGCUAUACAGUCAAACUGAUGACCAUGGAGCCAGACAGCUGCUCACCUAAAAAUAACAUGUUGGUUGGCCAGCCAGGUCCAAAGCACACCAUUUCUGGCUAGGUGGGAAAAGACUUACCUAACUGAAAGAAAAGUAGGCUGUUUAAUGACCCUUAUUAGAGGUCAAUAAACAAGCUUAUGCUUUUAGUUGCAUAAUAAGUAACAGCUAAUUAAUUAAAGCGAUGGUUCGGAGUAAUUUCAGAGUC